AUGCCGAGGCCCACGGGUUUGAUCUUCUUCUUUGUUUGCUUGUUGGUCUUGUUCACUUCAUUCUCAGAGGCAGCCAACUGUUUCAACCAUAGGGGGAAACUCUUUGCCGACCAGGUACAGUGUCCAGGGACCGAUGCUUGUUGCGGAGUAAAUGACGCUUGUCAACCGAACCGACUCUGCAAAAGUAAAGACAAUGCCGAUAAUAUCUUGGUUCGAGGAACUUGCCUGCAUAACCCUUGGGACAAUAGCACCUGCGCAGAAAUUUGUGUCUUUGAUGAGACAAGGAUCAAUACAGGCUUGACAGAUGGCGUCUUUCCGAGGGUUGAGAUUUGUGACGCGAGCAUGGGAAAAUACUGCUGCCGAGAAGGUAGUUCCGGCACGUGUUGCAGCAAUACUUUGCGAACCUAUUAUCUCGACAACAAUGGCAACCUACUCUCUGUGGCCCCUACCGCGACAGCUUUAAGCAGCGCAACAACGACAACAAGUGUAUCGGGAUCCAGCCCAGCUACGACCAACUCCGGCGGCUCAGCUUCAAGCACUAGCACUGCUGAUGGCUCAAGCUCGAGCGACGGCGAAUCCCUCGCCCUUAAAGUAGGACUUGGAGUUGGCAUCCCGCUCGCUGCUGUCAUUGCAGCUUUGGCAACCUGGUAUUUCCUCCACCAAAAGAAGCACAACAAGGGCAGAACAUCGGAACCCUCCGCCAACACCGCAAGUUCAUAUUACGGAGGACAUGCCAAGGACACGACUUAUCAGUAUGGGCAAGACACAAAUUUCCAGAAUCCAAGUCUUGAUAGGAGGUACGAGAUGCACGAGAUGCCGGCGGACUGGAAUCAGCCUCCACGCGAGCUCGCGGGAUCGGAGGUGCGGCAGCAACGAUGAGGCGGUCAAUUGGCGAAAGGGCGCAUCAGGCAAUUUCACCUUGUUCGCUGAUCUGCGGUCAGCUUAUUUGACGGAGGUGGCGUUCGGACCAUUUCGAAGCAAAAUCCCUCCGUACACGAAAUCCAG